ACUCUAUUUUAGAGAAAAAAAAUAGAGAAAUACAAUGGAGAUGGUCUAAAGAGUAAGUCUUCAGUCUCUCUGUAAUUAAGCUUCAUUGAUUUGAUAAUGGGUCUCUUGCUGCAUUGCUACAGGUUCAUUUUGUAACAACAGCAAGAGAGUUUGAGAGAUCGUUGUUUCUGGGUUCUUCUUUGAUACUAGUUUUAAUCUUAGUUCUCGAAUUAGGGUUCUUCACCCGAGGGUUUAGAGAGAGAGAGAGAGAGAGUGAGCAAUCGUCUUGUGGAAUCUCUUUUGGUCGAUUCAUAUAGUGAAUUUUGGCGAUGGAAGGGGGUUUUAGGUUGUUACUGAAUAUUCUGUAGAAUUUCUUCUGAUUCGUUUGAUGUUGUUGGAACUUGGAAGUUAGGAGCGAGUUCAAUAAAAAAAAUCUAAUCUUUCCAGGAGGAUUAUUCAGUGAAAAAGUUUUCAUCUUUUCCUUAGCCGAACCUGAAUGGAUAGGAUAAGUCAAUUGCCUGAUGAACUUCUCUUGAGAAUAUUGUCUUUACUGCCUACUACUAAAGAUGUUGUGGCUACAAUGGUAUUGUCUAAACGUUGGCAAUUUCUUUGGACGUUUGUGCCAAGUCUUGUGUACGAUGAUAGCUAUUAGGGUUUAGAUUACGGAAGAUUAGAUUACGGAAGAUUCUCGCGGUUUGUAGACAGGUCUUUGAUAUUCCACAAGGCUCCAGUGCUAGAAACUUUGCAUUUCAAACUUGGUAACAUCUGUGGUGCUGGAGAUAUUCAUGUAUGGAUUAGAGCUGCUGAGAAAUGCUCUGUGCAUGAGCUGGUUAUCGAAAUCAACUUUUCUGCUAGUGUAACUCAGGCCACACUUCCAAGGAGUUUGUAUACAGGGUGUAGCAUGCUUGUCAAAUUGAAACUGAAGUACGCGGUUCUUGUGGAUUUCACCUCUUCCUCUGUUUCUUUCCCAUUCCUAAAGACUUUGGCCCUUUUAGCCUUGAAGUACCCAGGUGACGAUUUUGUCAAGAGGCUUUUAUCCGGUUGUCCUGUUCUUGAAGACUUGGAUGUGGCACAAUGUCUAGAUGACAAUGUGACCAUUUUCACUGUGAAAGUUCCUUCUCUCAAGACUUUAUCCUUGCGUACACUGAAUAAAGUUGAAGACGAUGCACAAGGGUUUGUAGUAGAUGCUCCUUCUCUAGAGUGGUUGGAUCUUGUUGAUUAUACGGGUGGGUUUUGUGUCACUGAAAAUAAUAUGCCUAAUAUUGAAGUGGCAUAUAUUGACGUCUCAUAUCAUCUUCCUCGUAAGAUUCUGAGUUCUAUAGUUUCAGUCCAGCAUCUCGACUUAUGUUUACCAACGUCAAAGGAUGCAUAUCCACUUGGUAGUAUCUUCCGAUGUCUUAUACAUUUAAAGAUAUGCACAUGUAACACAGAAUGGUUGAAUCUACUUAUGCGUGUGCUUAAUGAUUCACCUAAAUUACAAGCUCUCAAACUGGAACAGUACCAUUCCCUUCGAGCUGACCAACCACGCCCUUGCUGGAGUGAACCGAGUCGGGUUCCUAUAUGUAUGGUAUCGAGUCUUAAAACUCUCGAAUGGGUUAAGUAUGAAGGAACGAAAGAAGAGAAAGAAGUGGCGGCAUUCAUCUUAAGAAACGGAAGAUUCUUAGAUAAAGUAACAAUCAAACCAAAAUCCACCUGCCACCGCGAGAAACUUGAAAUGAUAAAGGAGUUGUCGCUUUUGCCAAGAAGUUCGUCUACUUGCAGCCUUUCGUUUGACUGAAGUUACAGGUUCAGCUCCGAGGGAGAGGACAUUUGUUUAAUAUUCUAGUGGUUUGGUCUGAAUAUUAGAUUCUGAGUCAUCUUAAGCACUUUAUUAUGUGUUCUUUACCAAACAAAUUUCUUAAGUUUUUAUUUUUGCUCUGCGUCUUUGCGUUGGUAUGAAGAAAGAAGCAUAAGGAACAACUAUAUUAUCUUCCUUAGUUUUUAAUGAUCUUUUGUUCAA